UUAUGUAUUGGUUCUUCUCUGCCCCCUCGAUUGUAAACUCCUCAGGGGCAGAGGUAACAGCUUUGCAGCCCUGGGAGUUAGGUUUGCUUAAGGGACCAGAACAGGUGUGACUGGCAGGGAGCGAAGUCUGGAGCUUUAUCUGAGGCGCUGAUAGGUGGAUCGGCGGAAGGACGCGGAACCUGGACAGGUCGGAAAUAAAGCCGGGCGAGCAGCUCUGUGCGGGACGUGACUUCAUGAGUGGACGCUGAGAAAAGCGGCAGAGUACGACUUUAACCUCCUAGCCACAACACGUCCUGCUAGGGCGAGGAGGGAGACAGUGAUACAGCACUGGGCAAGUGCUGAAGCGACAAUUACUUCUAGGGCGGGGUAAAAGCCCCAGAGUAUUUUUGCUGGAAGGAGAUAUUUGAGCAGGGUUCUGGAAGACGAGCCGCCGAAGGGUACCUCCGGCUUUCCGUUUCAAGUCCCACGCUGGUGGAGGCUCCUCGGUACCCGCGCCUGCGCGUGCCCGUCUCGGCUCUUAGGCCCGCCCUUUCCUGCCAGACCUGGAGGGGCGGGGCGGUGCCGGCAAGAUGGCUGCGCCCGAGAAGAUGACGUUUCCAGAGAAACCAAGCCACAAAAAGUACAGGGCCGCCCUGAAGAAGGAGAAACGAAAGAAACGUCGGCAGGAACUUGCUCGACUGAGAGACUCAGGACUCUCACAGAAGGAGGAAGAGGAGGACACUUUUAUUGAAGAACAACAACUAGAAGAAGAGAAGCUAUUGGAAAGAGAGAGGCAAAGAUUACAUGAGGAGUGGUUGCUAAGAGAGCAGAAGGCACAAGAAGAAUUCAGAAUAAAGAAGGAAAAGGAAGAGGCGGCUAAAAAACGGCAAGAAGAACAAGAGAGAAAGUUAAAGGAACAAUGGGAAGAACAGCAGAGGAAAGAGAGAGAAGAGGAGGAGCAGAAACGACAGGAGAAGAAAGAAAAAGAGGAAGCUUUGCAGAAGAUGCUGGAUCAGGCUGAAAAUGAGUUGGAAAAUGGUACCACAUGGCAAAACCCAGAACCACCCGUGGAUUUCAGAGUAAUGGAGAAGGAUCGAGCUAAUUGUCCCUUCUACAGUAAAACAGGAGCUUGCAGAUUUGGAGAUAGAUGUUCACGUAAACAUAAUUUCCCAACAUCCAGUCCUACCCUUCUUAUUAAGAGCAUGUUUACGACGUUUGGAAUGGAGCAGUGCAGGAGGGAUGACUAUGACCCUGACGCAAGCCUGGAGUACAGCGAGGAAGAAACCUACCAACAGUUCCUAGACUUCUAUGAGGAUGUGUUGCCCGAGUUCAAGAACGUGGGGAAAGUGAUUCAGUUCAAGGUCAGCUGCAAUUUGGAACCUCACCUGAGGGGCAAUGUAUAUGUUCAGUACCAGUCGGAAGAAGAAUGCCAAGCAGCCCUUUCUCUGUUUAACGGACGAUGGUAUGCAGGACGACAGCUGCAGUGUGAAUUCUGCCCCGUGACCCGGUGGAAAAUGGCGAUUUGUGGUUUAUUUGAAAUACAACAAUGUCCAAGAGGGAAGCACUGCAACUUUCUUCAUGUGUUCAGAAAUCCCAACAAUGAAUUCUGGGAAGCUAAUAGAGACAUCUACUUGUCUCCAGAUCGGACUGGCUCCUCCUUUGGGAAGAACUCCGAAAGGAGGGAGAGGAUGGGCCACCACGACGACUACUACAGCAGGCUGCGGGGAAGGAGAAACCCUAGUCCAGACCACUCCUACAAAAGAAAUGGGGAAUCCGAGAGGAAAAGGAGUAGUCACAGGGGGAAGAAAUCUCACAAACGCACAUCAAAGAGUCGGGAGAGGCACAAUUCACGAAGCAGAGGAAGAAAUAGGGACCGCAGCAGGGACCGCAGCCGGGGCCGGGGCAGCCGGAGCCGGAGCCGCAGGAGCCGCCGCAGCCGGAGCCAAAGUUCCUCUAGGUCCCGAAGUCGUGGCAGGAGGAGGUCAGAGACAGGGUCUUGCUAUGUUGCCCAGGCUGGAGGGCAGUGGCUGUUCACAUGAUCAUUGUGCACUGUAGCCUCAAACUCCUGGGCUCAAGCGAUCCUCUUGGCUCAGCCUCCUGAAUAGCUGAAACUACAGGUGAGCCCUGCUUGUUUGCCUUUUAUUAAUAAUCUAUUGGAUUUUUCUAUAUGUAAUAGCUGAACAGCUUUUUUGCUUUAAAGUUCAUUUUCUCAGUUUUAAAGUACUGAUGGGCAAAGUCCAUGUUUUUUCCUCCUACUCUUCAGCUGGGGGCUGUCAUGGUGUACUUUUUAAAAUAGUGUGUUGGAAAGUUCUUUAUAUAGGAGUAAAGUUUAUUUUUGUCAUUUCCAGGAAUAUUAGGGUCAUUGGUACUAAAUAUGCCUAGUGUUAAAGCAAUCCUGGUAUAAAAAUCUCAACAGAAUGGUCAGAGAAUAGAACCUAAUGCAGAAAAAGCUUCAGGCAAAAUAUUAUACCUAGAUUUCUGAUCAUAAAUAAGAUGCUCUCCAGCUUUAUCAAUUUUUUGUCACUUUCUUUCCAUUGACAUAUUUGGGAUCUAGAAUUUUGGAGUAUGUGACAUUUUUCAAUUUGAGAUUUGGGAAUAAGGACUUAAAACAUACGUAAAAUACUGAAACGUUAACGAAAUUUAAGUAGGAAGAAAGUUUCCUCAAAAUUGGGAUUUCUGCAUGAUAUCUGUUAAGGAUGAGAGUUCUUUAAUGUGUAGUCAAUAAAAGAAAUCAUGCAUGUGGCCCAGGAUAACUUCACUUUAAAAAGUUGGAUUUGUUCCAGACUCUAAAUGCCUGCUUCACCCUGAAAAUGAUUGACCUAGAAUUAUCUACUGAUUUCAGUAACGCCGAGUAAUUAUCAUUAAAUUCAGUAUUUUUUAAUACUUUUCUAAAUACAGUCAAGAUAUAUGCAAUUCAAUGUGGUCUGCAAAGCUGAAGUCUUAAUAAAUCAUGGAGGCUAAGAAACCCACCAUCUUGAGCUCAAGACAACUGAGAUAUUGAUGACUUUCCCCUCAAAUGUUAAUAGGCAGGGUAGAAGGGCAGGAAGUUUUUAAACCACUGACUGGUUCACUAUCCUGGUAAAUGUCCAUCUUGAACUUAAAUUUAUUCGUUUUUUUAAUAUAUAUUGCCUGAUUACUAUUUAUGUUUCAAAAAUUCCAACUAUACAUUGCUGGCAGAAACCCACAGGCAUGUUUUCAGUGAAUAGCUAGCUGCAUGUUGGAGGCUUUUUAAACCUAUAAACGUCUUUUUUUCCAGUAGACUAGCAACUUAAUUUGAUGGUAGUUCCUGCCUCCUUCUUAAAUAUCCCAGUUUUAGAAUGUAACAUUUCCUAUCUGUAGUAAUAGGAGGUCCCUUAACUAUCAUGAUUACCAUAGAUUUGAUUUGUUGCAUAGGUUAGGUAGUACAGUCUGCAAGUAUUAGUCCCUUUCUGUUGCAUGUGCUAGCACCUUCAGUUCACAAGGGGGUAAGAGGAAUCCAGUUGAUUUGAAAUACCUUUUGAGUAACAGUCUAAGUUGUUCAUUCAGAAAGAGUAGAAAAGUCAACUGCAUCAAGGUUUUAAAAGCAGCAUAUAUUGAUUGAAAAUAAAUGUGUAGAUAGGCUCUCAGAAGCAUGGAAUCCAUGUUAUGUUUUAAUGAAGUACAUGAGGACUCCUUAGAUCUUCCACCAUGUAUCUUGUGUGUGCUUAUAACAACCACCAUAUUCAAAUGGAGGGGAAUUUUCAACAUUUUACUGAAAAAAAAAUGAGAAAUUCUUCCUUCAGCAGCUCUCCAUAGUUUGACAAACUUUUGGAAAGAGAUAAAAACACACUCCAGUGUUUGUACGUUGAACGUUUAUUACAACUAAUUGGCGAUGUGAUAAGACAGUGCUCACGUGGCCUGAAUGUUGGUCACAAUCACAACAAAGCUUAAUCCAGCCCAGCAUAUACAAGUGAAAAUAUAAACCAUGAAGACAUGUUUAGAUAUGUAUAAGUACUUAGAAAAGUGACGCUGAACAAUUACAUAGCUUUAAAAAAUAUAGAGCCAACUAAUGCCAUUUUACCUCAUUCAACUCUCACUUUUUUAUAAGAAAUGUGUCUUUUUAAAUUUUUAUAAGACUUCUGUUAACUAGGCAGUGCCAUGGAAAGAAAGGAAGCUGCUGUAAAGUGUGCAGCACUUCUAAGUGGAGGGAAGCAAAAUAAAUUUAGCUUUAACAAGUACCCCAGAGGGAACAUUCGUGCUUUAAACAAUGACUUUACACAUAAUACUGUGAAGAGAGCAACACGUUUUUUGUAAGAUACUGUUAUGAAGAAUUCCUGGCAAAUUAACAUUCUCACUUUAUUUUGGGGCAUCAAAAACAACUAAGUAUGUGAUUAUGACCACAAAAAAUUCAUCUCAGGAGUCAAAUGUGCCUUGGCCUUAAAAAUUAUGUGCUUACUAUUGUGAAACAAUCCUGUUUCUCAUCCCAGAUUCAGAAUGCCUAAGAAAUAAUUUUUAGUGUAAGAAGUAUCACUCCAAUUUAGUCAUUAAAAAUAAUCUGUAUUCCCUUUAAAAAAAAAAAAAAAAAGGUAUGUAAUUUCCAGUACAAGUCUUUGGAGUAAAUUU